CCUUGUUAGCCUCGGAGGCUAGCAGGCUAGCUGGCAGUAUGAACCUCUAGACGUGUUUUAUUUAUCCGGACCGCGUCGGACUGAGGCGGGGAUGGCCGCUGUUAAAUGUGCGUUUGUGCGCCCCGGUGUGUGUGGGUGGCCGUGUAAUAGCAAGGCAAGGGUCGGGAUGCACGGAGCUGCCCCGGCCGCCGUCGCUGGUGGUGAAGACUGACGGGUUGCUGCGUAGACAGUCGACGGUCACACGGUGCACACCGGCACUUUGCUUCACUUUAAUGCACUUUUCUGCCAGUUGACACAACGUUUUUCCAACAUAGCAGUAAAUUUAAGGAAUUAAAUAGUUCAGAUAGCAUUAUUAGUUGCUUGGUAGAGCUGUAAUUAUGUUCCUGCAAGACCUCUGGCCCACAAUUGCUUAAAUAAAUAUAUAAGAAUGUAAUGUAUGUAUGUGUGUGUGUAUUUACAUAUGGCCGUUUGACGUAGGUCGGGUCCGGUAUGAUGUAGACUGCGUUUGGCAGUUUGGAUUUCUUGCUGGGAGUCGCAGAGUACCCCGACCAGCUCUGGAUUUGAUAAAUUGAACACCAUCUCUGUGACCAGAGCACGACUUCCCUGAUCCUGCUUCUUUCUGAGGCGUUGUACCAGGAUUUCAUUUUGUAGUAUGUGUAUGUUUGUGAGUGUGUUUGCCAGUGCUUUUUCUUUGCACAUCUUCCAUGGUUGCUGCCCCUACCGGCUCAGUUUUACGAGUCGAGUAAUUGUUUUUGCUACGGAAACAAAUUGAAGCAGUAUAUUAUUCUCAGUUGUUUUCAGUUUUUGGAUUAAAGAAAAAUAGUCUCGUUAUAGCCAUAAUAUCUUGUGUCUCUUCAGCGCUGAGUUUCUGCCUCGUCAUAUCCAUGGUUGACAAAGCCGGUCUUAACGUGUAUGCAGGAUGUCUGCUUUGGUUAUUUUUACCUGUAACUAUCCAUAAGAGGCCUAUUAAGAUUGAGAUGUAGCUCAUUUAGUUCUGUGACAGUGGUUAGCUCAGUCUUGUGGUCCUAAGAUGUUAACAGUAACACCAACAGGCAGUGUGGUUGCACAACAUUUGCUUUUAAGUGGUUUCACACCUAACACUAAACUCAAUUCUUCUGUGUGUAAUUCUUCCAACUUGGUGGACCUUUAUAGUAAACGUGUUCUGGUCUCUUAAAGCUGAGCAGACAGUCCACUGGAUACUUUGAAUGAGAACAGGACGGUCUGGAACUAAAACAAUGCCCUUGACCAUAGUACUAUACAAAACAGUAUUUGAAGAGGAUUUGUGCCAAAGUUGAGUGUUGAAGUUGUAUAUAAAGGUGAGGAACCUUCAGAGGUCUGCCCACCUUCUAGCAGGCUAAGAACAUUUGCCUGGAGUCUUUGUUCGGUAGUUAAGCUGUCUGAAGCUAACGUCAGCGCUGCAUAAGGCUAAGGCUUUGGUCAGACCCUUGCACAUGCUGUCCUUGGAAAUAGAUAUGCUGAACAGGUGCCGUGAAGUACUCCCUAACAGAAUCUUAGAGGGUGUGGUACAAAUUAGAGAGGAGGUACUUCAGUUUAUCUUCCAUUUGACACUCAUCUCUUAAGGUUUUGCAGAAGUUUGUGUUUGAGUAUGUGAUCUCUUAUCAACCACGCUCUUUUUUGGGGUCGGGUAGAAUCAUGAACAAAUCUUAAGUCCUAAGGCAGAGACUUCUUUGUGCUAUCAUGUCUUUGCAUCAUUAUGUGUGUGAAAUAUCUGACUGAUUACAGAAUAACUUGAGAGCUUGUUUGAUUGUGAAAUAUUGUAGGAAAAUCAUCACGUGCCUUCAAGGACACCCUGUCCCCAGAAUAACUUCCCAUCCACACUUUGACUUAUGUGUGUCCGUUGAGUUUCUAGAUGGGUAAAAUCUUUCCACGAUUGUCUUUUGGUAAGCUAUGCUGACUCUUUUCAAAGAAGGCAAGCUUAGCCCAAAACUGAUUUAUUGUGGGAUCUGAUGCUAUAGGUCCAGUAUGGGCCUCCUGAAGGCCUAGUGUACUUUUGAGGGUACUUUUAAAUGGAUUUGCCUUCAACAUCCAUCUGCAGGAAGAACAGAACUAACAGCGUGACAGUGAAUGUGGAAGAACUUGGGUUUUCUUAUGGAUUGAUGGCUUACCCUCUCAGAAACAGGCUGUCUUAAGGGCCCUUACGACGUAAGAUGUCAUAAGCCAUCCCAGGACGCCAUUCCUCAAUUGUGCUGGAGACUGACUUUUCCUAAAUGAUACAGCCCUAAUGUUUGCUGUAUCAGUUAUCACUCUACUACCUUUUGUUCUCUUUCAGGCAUAUACUGCUGCACUUUUAUAGAACAUCAUGCCGAUUUGAAGUAUGCUGACUUUGUUUCCUAGUCCUCAGCAGAAGGCUCUGGCCACUGUCACGUGACACAAUAUGCACCCCAAGUGCUUCAAAGCUACAUAGGACCUCACUGCACAGCUGUACCAUCUGGUGUGUCUCCUCGUCGAUUCUCCAUCUAGUUCAGGGGGUAGCACGCGAUGACUGGGCCGCUUUUGGUGCUGUCUGGGAUCAAUUGGCAAAGUGUGCAACUGAGCAGUCCGUCCUGACCAGGCUGAUCUGCAGAGGUUGUUAUGGUACAUAGGACAAGCAGUGCCCAUGAUGGGACAGGACAUUAUCAGUUGAAUUGCACCCAUGAAGAUGCGUGUCUGAUAGAACCAGGUCUGCAACCAUGUUCUUUGCGAACAGCAAAAAUAAUAAAUUUGAUAUGAAAAUAUGCCUUGCUUUAUAUAGAAAUUAAUGGAAAUUCCAUCUGUUUGAAAUGUAAUUUAAGGUCUAUUAAGAAGUUGCAUAAUUGCAAAAUUACAGUCUGGAUAAACAUGGCUUUCUUAAGCAAACUCUUGCUUAAUGAACAAAUGUUAUUAGUAAGUGUACAUGUCUCUGCCACUUACGAGGCUUAACAUCCUUAAUUAAUGGAGAAAAUAUUUCGCAUUCUUUGAAAUUUGAGAGAAAUGAUCAGCAAAGUGAAAUGUUUUAUAGUCAGUGAUUAGUUAUACCUUUCCAAAAAACCAACCCCUUGAAUAGUUGAAGCAGUACAAUUUCAUUCCAUUCCAAUAGCUCUAGGGCUGAAUUCACUUAGAUAAAGCUUUUUAUUGGAGAUAGCGGAAUUCUUUAUAUAUUGGCAGUGUGAUUUGGUAUUCCAGAAACAAAUUUGUAUAUGCAUGAGUCUUUCCCCCUGCAUGUAUGGCAUGAGCCAUGCUCUGAUACCCUGCUGUGCUUCUCUUCACUUGCUGUCUUGUUUCCCUGCAUGGUUUUUACUGCCGUUGGAGCAAUUUAAGGACAGACUGGAAGGGGAAAAAGUGAAUCUCUGUGAAUUAUUUUGCUCAUUUUACGAUUGGCUGUCCUCCAUUCAACCCUAUACCAGGAAAAGCACGAGUGAAAUGUCAGAGUUCGAAGAUUGCCACCCAGCUUGGGGAUCAUCUGCGGAUGCCUGUGCUGCUUGGGCAGUGCUGAAAUCUUUUUUAUCUCUUCCCCCUCCCUCCCCCCCCCUUCAUACCAUAGAAAUGUGUUGAUCUGCUUUUUUACACUCUGUUUUCAUUGUGCUGGAGGGCUGUUCAGAACCCAGUCAUACUGAGUGGGACCCUCAACUGGAGAAUGACCCAGCUUUCCCACCCCAGUCAGGCUCUCUACUAAAGACUGAAAUUACUGAUCCAGUCCAGCAAAACCUCAUCUGGUCAUUUUUCCACGUUGCUCACUUAGAACCUGUUUACCCUCAUGCUUUUCAGAAUGGUAGUCGUCUCCACUUUUACUUGCUCUUCGAGUCUUGUAUGUUUUUUCAUAGCCUUUCUGAGCAGAAGAUGAACUGGAUUACUUGGGGAAAAAAAUACUGUUGUUUAACAAGUCGGCCCAGCCGUACAUCUCCAAGGUUAACUGCUCCACCAUAAAACCAACAAAAAGGCUCUUAGGCUUUGCUCAGUUAAUGUCAUUCCCGGGGCCACAGAUUCCAAGUUGUCUCACUGUGGCCCUUUUAAGGGUUCUCAUUUGCCAGGUACUGCUGCUCUUCUAGGUGUGGAACUGUGAUCACACCAAGACAGGGAAAUUAGCUAGUCCAUCAUCUGGGGCAUUUAUACAGGGUCUUGGAGUUGCUGAGUAUUCCCUCUUUGUUCAUGUGCUGGCUUUCAAGUGUCCUAUUCCCACGUGGCAUCCUCCAAACACAGCCCUGAAGUGUGGCCUGGUGCUGUGAUCUGCACUGGCAGCAGGCUGGCUUAUGGUGCAGUGUCACAUGACCUUGCCAACCCGUCCAGUUCCCUUCAACUCACCCCGCUUGCUGCAGCAUUUGUUCAGUCCGAUACCAGUUUGCAUCCGGUUUAACUGGUUAACUUGCUUCCUAUUCUAAUAUUUAAACAAAGAGGGAGAAGACAACCUUUGGCUGGAAUUCUUCAACGAAUGAAGUGUGUGUGUGUGUGUGUGUGUGUGUGUGUGUGUGUGUGUGUGUGUGUGUGUGUGUGUGUGUGUGUGUGUGUGUGUGUAUAAAGUCCUUUCACUGAAGAUUAUUUAAUAUUUGCUGGUGGACAAACUGGGCAUAGUUGCCUACUGAUGUUCAUGCUAAUGUUAUAUGUUGUCUUAGAUAACGUCUCCUGUUAAUGUGCAGGAUGCCUUAGCUAGUUAACCACUCCUAUUAAUUUUACAGGCUGUAAAAUUUAGCUAACUAGUCUUGCCUAUAUUACGGACCCUCUUAGCUAUAUAACCACGCCUGCUAAUAUUAAAUGCUGUUUCAGCCAGUUAGCAUGUCACAUUAACAGGAGUGGGUAGCUUAGCUAGUAACCAGUUCAGCUAAUGUUGCAGGCUGUCCUGCUAAUGUUACAUGCACUGCAAUUAAUGGCUGAGCCCAUGAAGCACAUAUGUUUCAUUCCUCCCCCCUUGCAGUGAUUUUGUUCUGACACCUUGGAGGCUCUCCCUGUGUCCAUGAAAACAUCACACCAGUGAUGGCUGAAUAUGUCACACCAGUUAUGGCUGAAUAUAAUUUCAUUUGUAGCAAUAAAACGUGUUUGCAGCUUUGGUUAAGCUACUCACACCCAUGAACUGAGGUAUUGGGAGCCUGGGAAGGUCUGAACCGCUUUUGGUCUCCUUAUUUAUGAAGGAGGGGUGCUGAGAGCUCCCGGGAGUCUGAGGCCUGGUUUUGCAACUGAACCUUAUGUUUAGGAAUACAGCGAAUUCCCACCAUCCUGUCCUCUCUUCCUGGGCAGAGCUGCAUUUUGUGGUUUGCCCCCUCAGUUGCAGUACAAGGAAGGCCCGAAUUGGAAGAGCAGAGCUUUGGCCAUUCAGAUACAACCCCCCUCCCCCCACAGUAUGAUCAGCCCACCCCAUCAGAUGAUCCUGUAAUGAGUCAGCACCGGAGGCUGAGAUCAGCGUGAUUGCUUCCCGUCACAGCCGAGUCUCUUAGAUGUGCCUGCAACAGGUCCCUACAGUCAGACUCCCCUCUGGCACUCACGGCCUGCAACAUGGUCAGGCGAGUGUUGCGAGCCCGGGGUGGAGGCGUGGCCUCUCUACAGUGCCGCCGCUCCCCGCCGUUUUGCCCUUCAGCCAGAGUGAGCUUCAUGCCCGGGGGGUGCUUGGAUGCAGCCCCUCAGCCUCUCUCUUUCAGAAAACAGAAGCGACGCCUAAUUGGCCCCUGGAAGCAGCCUGAGGAGUGAGAAGGCUUGGCCUCAGCGGGCUCCUUUCAGACGCCUCUUCCCAGAUCCUUGGUGGCUGUAGCCAAGGCGGGGGCAUGGGGGGCGGCUUUAAAAGACCCUUCAGAUGUCUGUUCUUCAGCUGCCGGCAUGGUCACCUCUCCCUGGGCAGACUGUUAAUGUGGCCGCCAUUGUCAGUGGGCUGAAUUAGCCAUCGCACAAUCUGGUGAUCUGAUUGGGUGAUGCCAUGUGUUACGGGUCCAGAGAGCUCCAGUGUGGGGUCCGGCGCCCAGGGAGACAGGAUUAUUUCAGCGGUGAGGCUUCCCUUUCGGUGUGUGGGGUGCUGAGGUGCAGCCCUCACGGACUGAGCUCCCUUUGUUUGGCUGGACGCCUUCCAGAAACCAGACGCCUUGGGUGCAUUUGCAUUGAGGAGAGGCGUGGAUGAUGUCAUUCAGGCCAGUUGUCACCAAGCCUGGUCCUACUGAGCCCCACACUCUGGUGGCUUUGCAAGUUAAACCUGAUUACUUAUUUCGGAAUGAUUAGAGACACCUGUUGACUGCUCAGUAGUCACCUUUCCUAUCAACUUGUAGUAACUAAGCCAAAUAAUUUCUCAAACUAAUGUAUUAUUGUUUGAAACAUGAAUUUCUUUGUGAUGUGACUUUAACGGGGGCCUGAAGAGGAUGUUUGGAGUAGAGUGUGUGCAGGUGUGUGUGCAGACGCACAUGUUCAUAUAUAAUAUAUUGGAGGGUCUCCAGCUGGUAACCCAGUGUUCCAGAGCACUGCACAAAGAUGGAAACGGGCAAUGGUGAUGGCUGUCCUUUAAUUGACUGAGAAUCAGCCUUCUAUUAAUGCAGCACCGCACUCACACUAAGACCCCAUCGCCUUCAUUGAUUUUCCUCGGGUGUCGUCAGAAUUCGGUGCAGGUCAACUGUAACUUAUCUGCUUCCUUGACGUGUCACCUACUGCAUUUCAUGUUGUUAAGCCAGGAGCAGGAAAUGUCAUGGAGGGCAGCAAACCAAAGUGUUCCCUCUGAGUCACAUUUAAAUUCAAAUAUCUCUCCUCCUAUCAGGCAGAGCAUAGGGCCCAGGGGGGUAUGAUGUCUGUCUGAGGAUGUGGAGGGUGAUGUUUAUCUCAGGGCCUGCUGUCCUGGUCAUGUGGACAGACAAACAUGGCCUCCUUUUUAUCUUCCGGUUCUUUUUUCAGGAUUGGUGCUAUAGCCUUCAGAGACGCUUAGAGGUUUGUUAAGACUGAUAAAAAUGUACCCAGGGAGUCCUGGUCAGCUUCCUGCUGAAGACGACUUGAAGGGUGAUGAGAUGAUGUGUAGAACUCCAGUUGAUGGAACAUAUGGUCACAUUCAAAAGAACCUCCAACAUCGAGAGAAACUGCUAAAAACAAAACAGCUCUUGGUUAAAAAUAAAAUCUAACACUUCUGCAGUGUCACCUCCUGAUGCAGGCUGGCUGUUAAAGAAAUUGGGAUUUAACAUUUCCUCUUCUGCUUCAUUUUUGGAUAGUGAUCCUUGUUCUGACUCCGUGCUUAAAACGUGUUUGGUUCACGCUGAGCCAUGCGCUGCAUUGCUGGGUCUGGCAUGAGCUGCACGCCAACAAAUCAGGCUACUGUGAUGCAUAUUUGUCUGGCUGUUAAAUUCUUUACACUGGGAGCAAAUUCGGAAUGAAGCCUAUGGUUUGUGGACAUUUAAAACCUAUUUCCUGGUAACUGCUUUUCUCUACGGUGUGGUGUUGAGCUGCUUUGGCAUCAGGAACCGUCAAUCAAACUGUUGCCUCAAACCCUCAUCUCUCUCCUGCCCUGUUGUGGCCAGCUAACACAUUGACAUGAGUUUAAAAAAAAAACAUUCUGUGGUUUGACUCAAGUGUUGCACGUACCUAAGCCAUUGACGGAUGCAUGACGUCUGGCAAAUAGGAACGGCUUGGUACCGUUGCCACUAAAACCAAAUGGGAUGGGUGGGCAUGGUUCAUUCAGAGGCUGUCAUCUGCCCACCCCCCCAGUGUUGUAUGUAUGUGGGUUUCCUUUAAACGAAGCAUGGUGCAGGGCUUAUAUGAGCAUAAUACACUAAGGGUGGCCCCCGGGCUGUAAACAUUCCAGGUUAUUUAUUGACAGUCGAGAAUAUUGAGUUCAAAUAGCACACGGUCUCUCCUCACAGAUUAUUGUGGGCCUCUUUAAUUUCAGUUCUGCCAAGGGUUAAUUUGUAUAAAAAAAAAUCAAUUAUUCAGGAAUUGUGGGAAUUGGAUAUUGGCUUAGGUUACGUGGUGACCCGCCAUAGUUUUUAAUGUAGUCCCAUGUAUCAUUGUUUAGUGCAGCUUCUGUGGGGGUUUUAAUUUUUAAUUUUUUUCUCUCCCAAUGAUCUGUUUCAUUUUCAGUGAAUGAAUAUAACAGUCCUGUCGCAGACAACAAUUACUAUAAUGUAUGUUCUGAGAUUGUGGCUUGGAUGGCGAACAUUUUACUGCUCUCACUAUACGAGUUCCAGUAAGAGGAAGGUGUGCAUUUUUAUUGAAAAGUGUGUACUGCAGGUGUAUGUUGUCAGUGUGGAGGGCUUUACAAAAAAUGUGACUCUUAUGAUAGGCUUUUUAUAAAGAGGAUUGAAGGUGUUCCAUGGAUAUGUGGAAAGGUAUUCAAGGGGUUAUGGUUAGGUUUUAAUGAUUUGUCACAUUUUUCAUCUCAACAGUAGUCCACCAGGGCGCAGUAAUGCUAUUUGCAAAUUAUUCCCUUCUGUCAGGAUGGAUAGUUACUAAAACACACACACACACACACACACACACACACAGAAAUAAUUUCUGAGUGCUGCCUUUUGCCGGUCACCCCUUGCAACCAUACCAGGCCAGAAGGUGGUCUGGCCUACAUUUUGGUUCCUCUUUCCUGGAAAGUGUUGAGACCUCGGUGUGUGUCCUGCAUUUGAUGCAUCCGCUCAGCCUUGGGGCCCGCCUGUCUGUCAGAAAAACCUGUUACCCUGGUGCAACUCUGUCACUAAACUUAAUUUAAAAACAAAUAAUGUAAACUCAAUAUUGCUAUUAAGUGUUACACUGCAGGAUCUAUGCAGUUUAAGAUGAAGCCAGCAUUUUGGCAGGUUUGUCUCUGCCUUGAAGGGAAAGAGGAGACUUCCUCGCUUCAGGCAGACGUCUGGCCUGUGCUGAGUGCCUGGGAGGUCCAUCUCUGUGCCUCUGCUCACGUUCAAUCUAAUUUCAAGGGUUUUUUUUGUGCACGUGAUGCCCAGCAUUAGUCACUGGCGACAGGAAAUGCACUUUGUGAGCGUGAUUCAUGCUUGGCGAGAGCAUCCGUGAUGUAAUGUGACACCCGGGCUCCUCCUCCCUGCCUGGGCCGUGGGCUGCACGCCUGAUGGACGGCGACGGCGGAAAACGUCACACGGCGCGAUGCGAGCUUGCGCAUCGCAGCCUGUAAUUGCACUAAAGCCGAUUUAAAAAGAACUCUGAAUGGAUAUGAUCUGGGGUCGGCUGGUGAAUGAAAGGGCUGACUGUCGCAGGCUGGGUCCCCUGUGUCAGAGAGGUCCCGCACUGAGGGCUUCUGCUUCCUCACGUACUGCAGCGUAGCUCAGUCAUACCUACAGUCGCCCCUCCUGUCUGUUCGUCCUGUUCUUUUUUGUUUUAAUCGGACUCCUCAGUGGAACAUUAUGAUGAGGUCACCCCUACCACCCCCCUCAUCUUUAUUACUGCCUUCCACAGAAUGAGUUGCUGAUCAAAAGAGCAGGAAUAUUUUUAUUUAUUUUUAUUAUUUUAUUUAUUUAUUUAUACAACCCCCACACCGUGAUAGCUUAUCACAUGCACAUGUGAUUCACCCUGAAGGUCGGACACCAUGAGAGGAGACGUGGGACGGCUCAUCACACAGCUGAACUGACUAUCCGCCGGCGAUGAGAGGCACCGCAGGCAGGACACCGGCAGUCACCGGGAUGUACUUGCAUCAUUAGAAAUGAGAGUGCUCAGAGCCAGUCGAGAGCAGCCCUGCCUCCUUGGGCACCGCCCUCCCCUGUGACGGGAAGGGUCCCCUAACCCACCCCCCCAACCCAAACCACGGAAGUAUAAGCCAUGUGCUUGUGCAAAAGGCUGCCUCCCUGACCUGCUCUAUGUAGGGCCCAAAACCACUGUCCCACCGUGCCCUCCAACCUCAGCUCAGGUCCCUCCCCCUCCCAGUGACACCAACGCCAUGAUGGAGAUUCUCAUCAGAGCUUGAAGGAGAGCCGAGGCCUGGACCCGGCCCGUGCCUCCUCACCCCUUCCCCUUCACCCACCUCCGAUUCCGUAGCAGACGGUUCUGAGUGCCAGGUUGUGGCGCACAGCCUCCCCCCCCCUUCGAAUGACCCAGGAUGGCAGGUAGCCUGUGGACACUCAUGGACGUGUGAUAUCUCCAAAGGAACUUGUACCAUGAAUGGAGGAAAAGAGUGUUAUGGAGCGGACAGGGAAGGACCGCCCUUCGCUGUGCAGGUGCCCAUUGGUUGGCGCCGGGAGGCAGGACCUGGCGGAGUGGUGUACAUAAGUCCCAGUGGCUCCAUGCUUUCUUGCCUGGAGCAGGUAAAGACUUACCUGCUGACUGAUGGCACCUGCAAGUGUGGCCUGGAAUGUCCCCUCAUCCUGCCCAAGGUGUUCAACUUUGAUCCCAGAGCUGCCGUCAGGCAGAGGACGGCGGAGGAUGCCAAGGUUGAUGAAGACGUCACCAAACUCUGCAUCCACAAGAGGAAGAUCAUCGCCGUGGCAACACUGCACAAGAGCAUGGAGACUCCGAAUCCCUCUCUCGGUUCGGCUCUACCCAGUCCGAGGGGGGUCACAGACACCACGCUGCCAGCCGUUGCUCGCUCGUCGACUCCCCGAGCAAUAAGAAGCAAACUUCAUGACAGGCCACCCAACUCCCUGGCUGCUGACUGCCAGAACCCCUUCAAGGCCCUAAUUCCGGGACAGCGGCCAUACCAGCAGGACUUGGGCAUGGCAACGCAGACUGACCCAUAUGCCGGGCGGCCCCGGCUGAGGCUGGGCAGCGGCGAGCAGGACCGAAGGUCUCCGUACCGUGCCAUGCACGGCGGCUUGCUGAGUCCCGGCUCCUCAGGCUCGUUGGUCUAUGGCGAUGGCUCCCCAUCCCCCAGGACUGACCCUCUGGGGAGCCCAGAUGCCUUUGUCAGAGCCACGCCCAACACUCUGCUCCGUGGCUCCCCUGUCUCUCAGCUAUCGUGCACCAUGGCGGGAAGAGCUAGCGUGCCCCUCUCUCCCACCCUCGCUGCCAAAAGCCCCAUCAUGAAGAAGCCCCCAUGCGGCUUUGCCCCGGGCAUGGAUGCCUCCCGCACCGGAUUUCACCACAAGCCGCCGCCACCACCACCUCUACCACCCCCACCCUGUGUCCUGCAGAAGAAGCAGGUGACCUCCGAGAAGGACCCCCUUGGCAUCCUGGACCCCAUCCCUAGUAAACCACUCACCCAGGGCCCCUUGGUGAUGAAUCCACCUGGCUUCCAACCCAGUGUCCACUCUCAGGUACCAGUGAUGAAUGUAAACAUCCCCCCGGCCAUUGUUCCGUUGCCGAGCAACCUCCCCUUGCCGACGGUCAAGCCCGCACCUGUCAGCCAUGGUGGACACCCGCCAAGACUUCAGCACGCUGCCCCAACAUCUGUGUCCUCUCCGCCAGUCACCUCGCCGGUACACUUGGCGCCCUCCACCAUGUGUCGAGUCGAGGCCUCACCCCAGAGGUCUCGUUCCUCCUCCUCCUCCUCUGAACAUGGGAGCUUCACCUUGCCACCAGGGGGCGCCCAAGCAACCUGCGGUGGCUUUAAAGCCCCUCCCAGAUCCCCCAGGUCCUCAAUGGGUUCGCCACGGCCUUCCAUGCCUUCUAGUCCCUCCACAAAGCCCGAUACGCACCACCUAUACAAGGAGCAGCUGCCAGUGGGCAUGAAUAGCACCCACAGCAGUCAGCACGGUGCUUUGUUCCCGCCAGCCUCAGGCAGCGCCAUGCCCCAGAAAACCCACCCCGGGCUACUGGGCAUGCCCUUCAACCAGAUCCUCAAUCAGCAUAAUGCCGCCUCCUUCCCAGCCAGCAGCCUCCUGUCAGCAGCAGCCAAAGCACAGCUAGCCAAUCAAAACAAAUUGACGGGCGGAGUCAGCAGCGGCGCUAACGGGGUUCGCCCGGCAAGCGUGGACAGUCACGGCCCCUUGCCCCCAGCGUUCCCACCAAGUGUCACAGCAGCGGCCAGCAGCGAGGGUCAGAGUGGCCGAGCUGCGCUGCGGGACAAGCUCAUGGCCCAGCAGAAGGAUUCGCUGAGGAAGCGCAAGCAGCCCGAGGCAGAGCCCACAGCCCCCAUGGGGCCCCCGGAGCAUGCCAGGAAGGCGACGCGGCACGCUGGCCUUCACCCUAGCACCUCCAUGGCACAGCUACUCCAAUCCAUGAGCUGCCACAGCUCCUUAAGUGCCGGGAACAGUGUGGCUGGCCAGCUACACUUUGGGGAACCCAGCCUGCAGGGUCCGCAGGUACCGACGCGGCUCCACGCCACCGGAGGAGGGCAGCUCUGCGCUGGCAUGGACGGCAGGCCUAUGCGUGGGCGGGCCCACGGUCUCCAGGGUCCGUUACUGGGGCUGCCUAGCCAGGUCCAGGGUUCAGCGAUGGUGGGCUGUGGGCCACGAGCUCCAGGCAGCCGUCUUCUGAACUCAUCGGGGAGCCACCUGUCGCUGGCUCACUCCAAUCCCCACCUGCAGCAACACCACCAACACCAUAUCCAGACGCAUGGCCACCCUCACUCCAGGGAACAGACUGCUGCAUCUGCAGUCAAUGGGGAAGUCUGCAUGCAGUCCAUCUCGGAGCAAGGUAGCGACUUGCUGAACUGUGGCCUAGGUAAUCAGCACCUGGGUGGUCUACAGACACUUGUCCUUAACGGACUCACGCACCCCCAGCCUAACAGAGUUCCGCAGGGGGCACAAAGGGGCCCGACAUUCCAGAGCCCACAUCCAUUUCCAGAAGCUCCCGUUUCUGUCAGUACCCCUUCCAACCCCAUGGCCUGCCUCUUCCAGAGCUUCCAGACGGGAAUGGCAGAGAGCCUUUCGAUGCCCAACAGGCAGAUGAGCACUCGCUCUGACAUGAUGUCACUUCCUGAGCACCCAGUGACGCCACCGUUUCCACCACCAUUCCUGGAGCGCCCCUGUGCACCCCAUUCCGAGGGGGACCGGGGUGAGUCUGUGGACGCCAUCUACAGGACGGUGGCAGAGUCGGCGAGCAAGGGCAUGCCGGCGGAAGUCAUGGCCCAGGCCAGCCCCGCCUCCGCCCCUGCUCCGAGCGCCAUGAGUGCCUUCACCGCCUCCACCAGGGAGCCUGUUGGCCUCCCUCAUGUUGUCAGUUCUGUUGCCCAUGGCCAGCGCCUGUCUUGCCAGGAGACAGGGACGCAGCCCCGCCCCCACGGGGGGUGCCAGCCCUGCGGGGACUCCGAGCGUGUGAAGGGCAACCCCGGGGGCACAGAAGACCAUGAUCGCUUCUGCUCCCCAGGACGCGGUGCCCCCCGGGGACAAUGGGAGCAUGAUGCCACACCAUGCUCGGAUGGCCCUCCCCCAUGGCACGGCGACGAGUACCUUGAGUGCUCUGCCCGUGUCCGGGACAGCCCUCGCCCUGAGCCCCCCCACGUCCGCAAUACUCAGCCCAAGGAUAGUCCUCACUUCAGCAGCUGCCAGCGAGCCGCAGCCAACUUCAGGGAGCGGCUGGAGCAGACGGUGGAGCGCCGCAGCCAGGUGAAUGGCGGCCUGCCACUGCCUUGCAGCUACAAGGACAUGCUGGGCCAUCCCAGGCCAGAGCUGCUGGCCGACGAUGGCUCCCCGGGCUCCUCCACCAGCCUGGAGGGCCCACUUGCCAAGGACUACGGACUCUAUAACGGCUACCACAACGGCUGUGCACCCAGUCCUUCUGACACCAAGAGCCUGAGCAGUGAGGAGGAGCUACGGAACCCUGACUCGCCCUGCUCCAGUGAGCUCCUGCACUACCGGCCCCGCAUGUUCAACGUGGGUGACCUGCUGUGGGGCCAGAUCAAGGGCUUUCCCCCAUGGGCCGGCAAACUGGGCACGGCCGAGCAAACGCACCACCCUGGGGUGCAGGACAGCCGGCAGGGAAAGGUGGAACCAGAGAAAUUGAAGACACUAACAGAGGACCUGGAAGCGCUCAGCAGGGCUACGAAGAGGAACGGGAAAGGUGGAAAGCUAAAUGAUCAUCUAGAGGCUGCUAUACAGGAGGCGAUGAGCGGGCUGGACAGCAUGACGGGAAGUGUCCACCAGAUGCCACCACGAGACAGACAGGUCAAGCCACCCAAACUCAAACGGAGGAAGAUCUCCAGAUAACACUGAAUGUUAGCCAUCGGUCCAGUGCCCAACCAUGGAACUGUGUACAUACAAUGUCUUAACAUUUCAGUGACACCCACCGACCCCACCCCAUCCCCAGGUGCUAUGGUCAAGCAGUGGUACAGUAUGUCUCCUCCCUUUCUGCCUCAACACACAGACUGACCAUGAAGGUGCUGGAUUAGCCAAUCAGAGACUGUACAGCGGCAGAUGCAAUUCGCCUGCAGCGUGCUGAAGAACUAUUUUUUUCUAAAAUACUGAAAGAACUAAAUGGAAAAAGAACACGCAUACAUAUGAAAAAAUUCAGUCCAAAUAUUUCUGAUACAUUUUCAAUAUGUACAUAGACAAUUCAGAAAUCUCAUGGUGAUAUUUAGAAAAGCUGUAUAUAUUGUAUUAUAUUGUCAUGUACAAGUAUACCUGAUGCACAUUAUCUUUUAUUGUACAAAAAAAAGCAGAAAAUGUGUGCAAAACUCUGGUUUUUAUUCAGUACAGUCAAUACAACAUAGAGUGUUUCCGGGAUUAAUAAUAAUGAUGAUGAUAAAAUGCAGCCUAAACCUUUCCUAUGAUCACAUGGAAGACUGCUGUUUUGUACUGGAUGGCAGGACUUCUGGUGUGGUUUAUGUAAUCCCUGGAUAAUGAUGUACACUUCACGCCUGAAAAGUGAUCCUAUACAUUUGUCUGAACAGAAUGAACUUUACCAGCCAGAAGUACUUCUAAUUCCCCAUGGAAAAGGAACGGGACAGCACCAGUGUGACGCACUAGCCCUGCCCCCUCUAGUCUAGCCAAUAGUCUGUUGUUGAAGUGAGUUCAGGCCCUUUCUGUUACUCCUUACUGAUGACAGAUUCAUUGCUAUUGGUAUCAUGGGGAAGAUUUGUAUGAAAGUCCUGGGUUUAUAAUCAAUUGUUCAUCCAUUAAUAGUAAAUCGGCAGUUUUCCUUUAGUAUUAUUGAUGCUGCAACCCCGCAGGAGGACAUUUGAGUAAAUAUGAGAGUUGUGUGAGUAAAGCAAGUAAAAAUAGAUAUGGCAUGAUUAUAGUUUGACAAAGGGAAAUAGUAACUCGAGGAAAACCAGGGUAUGCAUCUGUCUGGCCACUGCACUGCAAUAUGCAUUUAUUACGCUAUAUAAAGCGUGCUGGGAAUGGUCUAGUUUAUCAAGGAAACAUCAAGACACAUGGGUCACUUUGUCCUUCCCCUUUAACACUCCAGCUGCAGUUUAUCCAAAUAAGCCACACGGUCUUUGUGACCUGAAAUCAACUGCCAGAGACUGGACUGCUCUCUGCUUUGGUUUUUAUUUUUUUAAACAGCGGGCUUAAUCUUUGUUCUUGCUUUUAAAUUAUUAAUAUAUACCAUAUUUAUUUGAAGUCGAAAUAAUAGUUGGCAAUAAUACUGAAGUUGUAAACUGACGCGCCUUAGUGUGUACAUAUUAUAUAUUUUUUUCUUGUACAGGAGGGACAGAAUAUUAGCGUUAGCAGUUAACAUAAAUAUAUUUUUUUAUUUAAUAAAUAUUUGUGUGUGUUUUUGUGUUUGUGUGUAUACACACAGUACCUACAUCGUUGCUUUUAGUCUGUGUUACAUGGCUAGGUUGGGUACUGGGUAAUUUAAUAGAGUACAGAUGACUCAGGAAGACAAUGCUGUUUCUUAGGGUACAUAUUUCUGCAAGUAGACACUACUUAUUUUUAUAAGCAUCACACUGAGAAGAUUUGAUUAGUCUUUAAUUGAUUAGGAUUUGACAGUUCAGAUGCAAUAAUCAGGUGGGAGGGCUGAAGCAGAAUGGUCCCUGCUGGCAGUAUUCGGUGGAUGUCCAUUGGAAGCUUCAUGUAGGGUUCCUUCUACAGUGUUUGCAGUGUUUGUUGUGUUUUUCAACUCCUUCCUAGAGGAUGGUCACUCCUCUUACUUCAUCGAGGAUGAACCUUCCCCCAGAGCGCAAAGAGCAGGACAGCUACUGGUCUGGGAUGCUGUUUCCAGUGUCCCUCAGUGUUGGGAUUGCCUUUUUAGGGGACAGGAGCUGUGGGAGCCACCAAUAAUUCAGUGAAUGGACCAACACCACCUGCUUUAUAACUGUGUGUGGAGGGACCACUUCAAGCUUCUCAAACAGAUGGAUCCAUACCUAGUUCAGUAUUUAUGCAUCCAAGGGGCUGGACAGCAUGUUGCCAUAGUUACCGAUUGCUUGUGUUUAUUCUGCCGUAAGUGUGUCUAAUUGUCCACUUGUAUUUUAACAGGCAGAUCUGUUUGUGCUCCUGCAUGGUCACAUUUUUUUCAGUGUUUUACCCAGGAAUCAUUAGUCCAAAGCUUUGCUUUUAAUUUUUAACCAUCGAAAACGGAUGAAAUAGCCUCCUUGUCCAAUGAGGUCCACAGUCAGGCAGUGCUUUGAAUUAUGUAUCACGAUGCAUUGAAAGCCUGUGUAAAAGUCACAUGACUGAUGCCAGGAAAGAGACAUCAGCCCCAUUGGUAAAGUUCAUUCUGCCUCUUGUGCAAUGGCUUGGAGAUCCACCACAACUGAAUCCCACGUGUCAGAUCUGUCAUUCAACAUCCCACUGUUUUCAUUGUCUAAACCUUGAUGUGUUCCCUUUAAAAAUAUAUUUUUAUAUAUAUUUUCCCCUGAGUUGUUCUCCUAUUGUUUUGUGGUUUUUCUUUGAUAGUGUGCCUGUGAGUGUUUAUAUAUAGUAUUUGCACCCCCCCCCCCUUAAAAACUGUAUUUAGUAUGACCAAAACAUUUUUGUUUUAUAUAAUUGUGUCAACACUUGAAUUUGUAAAGUAUAUUUAAGCACUUGAGUUUGUUUUUGCAGAUAGUGUUGGCGUGGGUGCUAGAAAUAUAUUUUUUUGGAAGAUGAUCAUUGGUUUUAAUUUCUGUUUUAUGUAAGCAGAAUUGUAAUGUAAAUACAUGUGAGAAAUGCAGUCGGUGCACCAAUGUAACAGUUUCAGCAACGUUACACCACGUUAAAAUUUCAAAAUGGUCAUUCAUACUUAAAUUUGUUGGCAUAUCUUGGUUUAUAUUGCUCGUUAUAAAUAUUUAAAGGAGAUUAUUUGCAUUUCAGAACUACUCUUUUUUUAUCUUUCUAAGGCAGGAGUAGUUUUAGUUUAGAAAGCUAUAUUUUAAAAUACAGAUGAUCAAAGGUGGCCACAUUUGUCUAAAAUCUUGGUGUGCUGUGUUUAGCAUUUCCAAAGGGAUUUACAAAAGGUAUACAUUGCAUUCAGUUGCAAUAAAAUGAUGCUGUACUGAGUA